AUGGACGAGCACGGGCCCUUGAUAGUGCUGCCGCGAAGCCCACGGCCUUUGGUUAUCGAGCUCACCGAGCAACUUCUACAGGAUGCCGAAAGUACCGUGACAUCUGGCGGAGGCAGCCUGCACCUCCUUGCACAACUAGACGCCGAUAUGGAGCACCUCGCAAAGGUUGCCUUUCAGUUGCGACGCACUCGUAACGCCUGCACUCCUCUCCUUCGCCUUCCCCGGGAGCUCAUUGAGGACAUCAUCAUGGAGAUUGUUGCCUCUGGCUGGCAGCCCUUCGGCGAAAGGGCCGGUCCACGCCACAAGCACAAGCUCGGAUGGAUACUCUUAUCGCACAUUUGCCACUCACUGCGGGCAAUCACCCUCGGUUUCGCAAAGCUCUGGGCAGAUCACGCGUUCUGUGUACCGCGCCCAGCGGGUUGCAUCGAAGUCCUCUCUCGAGCGCAGGAUGUGCCGCUCUCAAUCAACAUCACCGAUGUCGGCCCUGAUUCGCGGUUGCACAUCCCAUCAGCUGUUCUCGACCUUAUGGCCGAAAGGCUAGAGUCUGCUCGAAUCGUCGACAUAUGCGAGAAGCAGCCCUAUCCCAUCCACUCGAAUGGGCUCUGGCCCUUGAAGCCGAGCGAUCUUGCCGCACGCACCUUUCCUCAUAUGGAAACGCUCUCAGUGCACAUUUGGAGACCCCGUGUACACCAACAUAUUGAACCCCUUGUGUAUACAUAUGCGCCGAUGAUCACGCCGAACCUCAAGUCGCUACAUCUCAAUCGCGCAUACGUCCCCUUCUCACCCAAGACCCUCACGUCUCUCUCCCUCACGGCAUCUACCACUCGCCCUCAGAGAGAAAGUGCCGACGACGUCUGGAUCAUGCCCCCUGAGUACUUCCUCGACAUGCUCAGAAACAGCAACUGCCUACGUGACUUGACGCUCGAGAACGUCGUCCCCGAUCUUUCGAGUACUACGACACCGAAGAUAUCCAUCCCUACACUCGAGACCCUCACCAUACGUGACACACCACAGCGAACGUUUUUGCUUCUCGAUAUUCUCGAGCAGCCGCCAGGUCUAGUGCGCCACAUCGACUUGAACGGUCGCCUUCCCGACGAUCCGGUGCACAUCUUCACUCGCUUCAGCGACGUGGGUCCCUCAAUUGCUGCAGCCGAGUUCUACAGCGGCUCUUCAUACCUUAACUUCCAAUUCUAUGAGCGGUCUACAGGGGGCGAUGGAGCGAGGCAAAGCGGCACCGAGAAGUACAGACUGCGCUUGGCGAUCUCCAUGUUCAGUCUCUCCGGAGGAUCAGAGCCUGUGCGCCUUACCAAGCUCAUAUAUCGAUGUGCGCUCGAGAUAGGCCUGGAGUCCGUACACGAUCUGCGUAUCAAGACCGAUUACGAACAUAUUCCUGGGCAGUGGGCACGUAUGUUCGAGCCCUUCAGGGAAGCUCGCAAUCUACACGUCAACGUCACCUCCGAUAUACUCCGGCGGCAAAUGGUCCCACUGGCCAGUGCACGAGACACCGCCCGCGAUCAUAACGCGCUUAUUGACGCAUUGCUGCAUCAACUGUCAUCAGCCGUACAGCCUCUCCCCGAGUUACGCGAGAUCAGCCUUCGAAACCUCUGUUUCAACGAGGAGUUCACCCCCGACUCUCUUGUCUCGGCCAUUCGUCAACGACGAGGACUCGGUCUGCUGAGCGUCGACCGGGUAUCCUUCGCCUCGCGGGCAUACGGCAGCCUCGUGCUACCCUCCCAGGAGCGCGACCAUCUUCUAGACACGCUGCGCCGGUAUGUUGCACGAGUGGAAGGAUUCAGAGUAGUGGAGUAG